AUGGAAGCUACUCUUCGCCGCGAGCUUAGAACAUGGCAGCGAGCCUUCAAAGCACAACACGGACGAGAUCCAACCAAACGCGACAUCUUGACAGAUCCCGAAAUCGCAGGUAUCUACGACACUUGGCAGGCUGUCGGAGGAGACUUAAAAACUGCGAAAUCCAAACCUCAUCCUAGGGUGGAAAGGGGGGACAGUGUUGCAAGUAGCUCGAAGCAGAGGCUAGAUGAAGGGUUGAACACUCCUUCGAAGAAGAAACCUUCGCACAAAGAGGUAGAGACGGAGGUGGGGAGGGGGAACCCGUUUAAAACGCCAACCAAAACUCCGUCUCGGAAGAAGAAUCCAUGGGUAACGCCGAGUAAGUCCUCAGCAAUAGGCGGAGCAGGGGAGAAAGAGGGGGAAGCUAGCCCAGCAUGCUCAAUGAUCGAAGUUGAAAUGACUCCAACCAAGCGGUCGCCUCUACUCGAUAUUCUCUCGAAACGCAACACUGCAAGCAGACCUCCGCAAGGACAGGAAUAUGUCACAGCAUCACCAAGCAAACUUCGCACGACACUUACUGCUGCAUCUCGACUCACCCCCACCAAAAAACGCCUUUCGCCGACUAGGAUGAAGAGUGAUGCAGCACUAAGCGCAGCACUUGUAGCUUAUACACCAAGGACAAAAGCUAGAAAGCGGUUGAGAGGUGAAGAUGUUCCUCCGACACCGAAUAGAAGGAGGGUCAGUGACUCGAAUGCGCUAGUCAGAGGUGGAGUGGUGGAGGGAGAAGGUAACAGGACGGCUCCAAGAGCAGUGCAGAAGGGUCUGGGUGCUUUUGGAUUUGGGUCGCAGAGAAAGUCGCUCGGUGGGGUGGUUGGAAGAAGUGUUACUGCUCCUGCAUCGGUGUUUUCUCGCGCGCGCAGCAUUCCUCAUCCUCCGAUGGCACAGGGCGAAGAGGAUGCAAUGGUGGAAUCGCCAAUCAAGUCGAUCUCGAAGUUGCGUCGUGCAGCAAGUGCAAAACCUGGUUUCCGACCUCUUUUUGCCUCGCCGUCUGGCAACCAUGCCCCGCAAAACGUGCUUGGAAUCAGUGACACCACAGCUCUACCUCGCAGUAGCCCGACAGGAGCGGUUGGAGGGGAAGAAGAGGAUGCAGAUGCAGUGAUGGCGGAUGAUACCAGUGCUCCGAUAGGUGGAUUGUUUGCUGCUGAAGUGCAAAAGCGAAGGCUGAGACGAGCUAGAGAGACGGGAGAAGAGGAGGCGUUGGAGGGGAAGAAGCAUAAGUCUCGAACUGAGUUGGUGCUCCCUUCGAGUAGUGAUGGUGAGGAGGAAACGGGUGGGUACAACGAUGUUUCUUCUAGUCCGGCGUAUCGUAGCGGUGCAGGUGCGACGAGUGUUUCGUCGCCUUUCACUGAGUUGACUGUUCCCAGCAGUGCAGCGAAAAUUGGCUGUACAAAGGAGAGGAGUGAUGCAAGUAGUCCCCUCCGCCCCAGCACUGGUGCUAUUGCGAUCAACAGCGAGAAGUCUAAUGCAAGUGUGGAAGGUUGGCGAAAAGUCCAAACACUAGAGCUAUCCGACGAAGAUGAACCACGCAAGUCACACCAAACGUUAAAGCCUAGUGCUGCGGGCAAAAGAAUCAUCUCAAUCACCCCUUAUCAACGCUAUGGAACUCUCCGCCAGAACCCAUCUCUCCCGAGCAUCGGCUUCAAUUCUGACCCAGAAGAGGAGUUCGGAUCGUACUCCCUGCUCCUCUCCACUCAACGUCCGACCGCUGGGAAAGUCGCAGUCGCUUCUGCGUCAGACAGCGAAGAAGAUCAGCACGAAGCAUCUUCCUCUUUGCUCGCACGUCUCAAACUCUCUCCCGUUCGUCACGCACCCACGACAAACAAGCAGCAAAGAGAUCGAUUGCUCAACAGCAUUUUCGACCCUGCCUCUGCCCGAAAGAAGGCUGGUAAAGUGUUGAACCCAGAAGCUAGAUUUGGUGAUCUUCAACCUUCAUCAUCCUUUGGCCCUACAGACGAGUUGGACGAUGAAGCACAAGGGGAAGGCAGAAAGGCUAGCAAGGGGUUGACACGCUGCACAGGAGCAGGCAGCGACGACGACGACGAUUGGCAAAACGAAGUCGACGAGGACUUUACUUUCUUCGAUUCCGAGAUUGAGCUUCGUGACAUCGCAUGA